CAGAGCGAGAGAGAGAGAGAGAGAGAGAGAGAGAGAGAGGGAGAGAAAGUGGUUGCAUGUGAAAAAGGGGUGGAGGGAUGGGGAGCAGAGAUUUAGUGCGCUGCAGGAUGAAACAACCCCCCACUAACUAACGGAGAGGGAAAGUCGUCUAAUAGGGAGAAAAGAGGGGGGUGUACUGUUCAUUAAACACUCAAAGACGCACGGGAAGCUUUUAUCGUUUCCUACAAUGAGAUCAGAAAAAGGUUAUUGGUGAUCACUUGGAAGUGUAGGACCCUGAACAACAGUAGAAACGUACACAGUGGCAGUAAAAUCGUGAGACGAGGAAAAUGUCCCGAACUGAGGAGGUCAACAAGAUGACAGAAAACGUCUACAAGGGAAUUUUGGACCAGUUCAACCCCAGUCUGAAGAACUUUGUGACCAUGGGGAAACACUAUGAAAAAGCCCUGACAGGAGUAACCGUGGCUGCCAAAGGCUACUUUGAUGCCCUGGUGAAACUCGGAGAACUCGCGAGUGACAGUCAAGGCUCCAAAGAGCUUGGUGACACACUGUUUCAGAUGGCUGAGGUACACCGACAGAUACAGGUGCAGCUGGAGGAUGUGCUGAAACUGUUUCACUCGGAGCUGCUCGCACAGUUGGAGCAGAAGCUGGAGCUGGACAUUAAAUACCUCACAGCCACUUUAAAGAAGUAUCAGAGUGAGCGGAGAUCUAAAUCUGAGUCUAUCGAGCGCUGCCAGUCCCAGCUCAAGAAACUCCGCAGGAAGAGUCAGGGUAGCCGUCACCCCAACAAAUACGGAGACAGAGAGAUGCAGUAUGUGGAGUUAAUGAGUCGUCGCCAAGGUGAGCUGGACACGCUGGUUGCCGCGGGUUACAGGUCAGCACUCACUGAGGAGAGGAGACGAUACUGCUUUCUGGUGGACAGACAGUGUUGUGUCACCAAACUGCUCAUCAACUACCACUCCAAGGUGAGAGAGCUUCUUUCGCAGAAACUGUCUUCUUGGCAGCUGUCAUGUUCUCAGCCGACAAAACUGCCAGAGCGCGCUCUGAACCUGCUGCGUCACACUGCCCCACAAAGCUCAGGAGCUGCUGGGAUCGCUGAGGUUCUCCGUCACACCAAGCUCGCCUCUGCUCAGCCAGAACAGAGGCUCUCUGUUCAGGAGGUCCCUCCUUUGUUGAAUGGAGACUCCAGUCGCUCACAGCAGCAGCGCUCGCUCCCCUCCUCCUCCUCCCAGAGUGACACGUUUCUUCCUCAGGGAUCACCUCAGACCUUUCGUUCUGCUUUGUCCACUGAAGGAGUGGCUGGAGGAUCGUCACGUGGAGCUUCUCCUCAGCACACCAGCACACCUGUCAGUGCCACAGCCAGCCCCGUCCCUGAUAGCAGCACCGGCAGCAACGCCAGCUCUGCUGCGUCCACUGCCACCACGUCCAGUAGUUCGGCCCUGCAGAGCUCCCUCCUCCUCUCCACCAACACGUCCAACCUCUCCCCAAGCCUCAUCCCCUCCACAGUGAUGUCGCUCAGUCAGCUCUCCCAAGCCAGCAGCUCCUUGCAUGGCAUGACCCUCCCGAUCCCACACAGUGCUCCACACAGUCCUCCACUGCCUCACAGUGCUCCUCUGUCCAGGGCCAUGACUCCUGUGCAACUAUUGCACCAGCAGGUAGGACCAUCAGGAAGCAGCACUUUAAAACCCUCACAUAACGCGGGGCUGCUGAGGGCUGCAGAGAUGAGUGCCACAGCAACACUUCCACUGCCGAGGAGACCUGUUAGUGAAAUGAGGCUAGGUGGUUUUCAGGGCUCCAGUCUCCCCAGGAUGCUGCCGUUAUCUGGACCGACACGCGUGGAAGCCAUGUUUGCUCAUGGUGCCGGAGCAUCUGAGGGGGGUGGGAUGGGGGGUGGUGCUUGCUUAUUGCACUUCCUGCCUGGAGACAACAUCACCCUGCUCAUCUCUGAGCCCAGAGACGGAUGGCACUAUGGUCAAAAUGAACGUACUGGACGGAAAGGCUGGUUCCCUUUCUCGUACACUCAGACGCAUCACAGCAGGUUAGAUCACCUCGAGAGCUCCCUCUUCUUAUCUAAAGCUAACAGCACCAGCACUGGCCAGCUCGACAAACUAGUGUCUCCGGGUCUCGCAGAUCGCACCCCUGAGUCAGAGGAGGAGCGCUCACUUCCUCCCCAGAGGGUCAGCACCUUCCGCCCACGCCCAUACAGCAUGGCUGACAGCAACAAGAUCACCUCAGAAUUGGCCUCUUCACCACCUUCCCCAACCAGGCCCAAUCCGUUUGCCCACGUACGACUCAGAAGAACUGUCACCAACGAUCGCUCUGCUCCCAUCAUUGAGUAAGUGGUUGGUCAACAGAGAACCAGUUCACUCACAGCAGCUCGCUGGUUUGUGGUUACUCUUAACUUUAGAAUGUUUUCUCUGGCAAUUUCAUUAAAUACAGAAAGAAGUAUUAAAGUAUGAAAGGUGCAUGUGUUAAGACUGACCUUUUAUCAAAAUGACCACUGACCAGUCACUGUUAAGUUAGUCAAUGGGAGAAAGUAAAAGCAAAAUCACUGUGACGUCUGAAAGUCCUGUUUAAGUAAAGAUAUGGGCAACAAAAUAAAACCUUUGCCAGUUUUAGUGAAACAGAACUAUGAUGUUUGGCUGUACUUGGCUUGUAUUUUUGUCUUGCUCCUUCAAAGCAACUAACAUUUAUGGGUUUGUCCCAGCCUGUGAAGGAUGCCUAUUGAUAUCUUUCUGUUUUAUAGUGUGAUUUUCAUUCAUUGUCAUCAUGGUGCCAUUUUUUUUCUCAUAAUAACAUGUGAUGAUGUUUUUGUGCCAUACAUAUAUAUAUGAAAGCUUCCCUCUGUUCGGUUGAUCUAGGGACUGGCUCCUAACAGCAGGUAGUUCUCUUUCACUGUAAUGAACUGUUGUGGAAAGAGGACAGGCUCCUACCCUGAAGUGCUAUCACAAUAAUAACAUUAUUAUUAUAUUAUUAUUAUUAUUAUUGUUCUAUUUUAGAGAAGAUGCCACAGUAUUACAUUAUAUAAUGAUGGUGAACAUUGUUUUGGUUGAGAAAUCUUGGUGAAUCUAAUGAAAUUGGCACAAUGAGUUAUGUUUUGUGUCAUUUUGACUUUAAAAUUACUGAACAUGGACAAUGCUGUAAAGUCCCUGUCAGGUAUAUCUUAUGUUUAUGAAAUUUAACACAUUGUACUGCUGUGAAGUUACAUGAUAGUAUUGUAUAAUUGUAGAUUUUUUUUGAAUUAGUUAUUAUUAACUUUGUGCCUGAACUCAGAAUACAAUGUAAGAACCUACUCUACCUUAAACGUGUUGUUAGUUAGACUUGUUCAUCAUCCAGUGCAAGUGUUGAGUGAAAUCCUUAGCACUGUACUUAUUUAAUACAAAGCAAAAACAAAGAAAGUGAAAAGCUCAUGAGCUUCACAAACACAAACCUUUACUGCUAAAAGUUGAACAAUUGGAGGGUGUUAUUAUUGUAAGAAGUGUUUCUUUUAGAAAAUUGAAUGUUGUGGAUGGUUCAAACGUCUUGGCAAUGAGAAACUUGCAUGCAUAGUCUUAGGAUUUGAUGUCUUCUUGAUUCGUUUCCAGACCCAUAUCUAAAGCUAUUCAACAUCUACAUAGGUCGAGCUUAGUUGUGUGUUUACUGAUCAAACUGUGCAAAAUCUUCAAAGAAGAUGUGAAAGACAAGACGGAUGGUGGAGAUUUAUACUGCGGGGGAAUGUAUUUAUGAAAGUGAUGAAGAAGGAAUUUGGGAAGUUGACCAAUGUCUGAGCAAGUGUUCAUGGUAAAUUAGAAAUAUAAUAUUUAGUAACUGUGUAUUCUCCUUUAGCAUAUUUGUGUAAUGAUGUGUCUGUGCAGACCCAAGUGGUUGUUUUUUUUCAGUUGUAACUGAUUUAAGUUGCUGUGAUGUUUUAGCACCUUUAAGAUUCAACCACAAGGUGUCAUAGAUAAUUAACAUCAGAUAUAUCAUUAAGUGGGCAUUAUUAAUAAAGAUGACAGCAUGAGAGAUAUUUAAUGUAUAAUUAUACUUGAAAGUAAUGCUUAAAACAUGAUUGUAUUGCUUUUAUUCUUUUUACAAGGAUAUUUCACUUUGGUGGACCAUUUUGACUUUGUUGAACCUGCAGAUAUGGUAAAACGUUUUUGUUUUUCUCUCCUACUGUUAAAAAAAAAUGUGGUUUUACUUCUGCAAAGUUCUGACUAUGUAGCUCACUUUGUACUCAUAUUGCUACUUUUACUGUUAUGUGAGACAAAACUUCAGAGAGAAGAAAUGUUAGGAAAUGAUAAAGAGUUAAAGAGCACUAAUGACACAAACUUAUCCAAGGUCCAAAACUAUUCUUCCAAAGUGAAAUGUUGUUUAAAUAUAGCACACCAAUUUUAAACAGAAAAACAAAAUGAGUGAAAACAGAGUGAGAUGUUUUAUUACGAUGGUGAAUGUUGCUGAUGCCUGAAAUACUUAAUACUGAUAUGUUGUGAAAUAAAAGUUAUAUAAAAGAAA